AUGGGCAGUAACAGUCCUCCUGAGGGAACGUGGUUCUCGCAAGGCACAAACCCGGAUACUAAUUUCGAUACCUUCGACACAUGGACGGAAAAAGACGAGAUAUAUUCAGAUGUGCAUAAGCGCACUUUUGCCUCUGACAAGUACCUUCGGGGUAGCGUCUUGGGCCAGGGAGGGUGGUCCAUCGUCUAUAAGACCCGGAGAGUUGAAGAUGGAAAGAUACUGGCUGGCAAGGCAUCCACGUCGGUUAACCAGCUUUAUAAAGAGACCAAAAUGCUUCGCACGCUAUCUCACUUUAUCGAGCUUUACAAAGAGCUAGACAAAGAAGAUGCUACUCUUUUAAUCACCGAGCUCUGUACUGAAGGAACCCUCCAUAUGCGUAUCAACCACGCUCCUGGCGGCAUGGGCAAAGAAGAGAUCCUUCUAGCCACCAGUCAGAUAUCAGAUGCGCUCGCCUACCUCCAUGGAAGAGGCUACUUUCAUUCAGACAUCAAGCCGAGAAACAUCCUUGUUCGCCGUCUCGACCCCAUCAGCGUAGCGUUGGCGGACUGCGCAGACUGUAAGGUUCAUGAUUCGUACCGGGGCCGCCCUGGCGGUACGCCCAACUACUGGUCACCAGAGAUGACGGCCAAUAAUCGCCAUGAAGGCAAAAGCGACGAUAUUUGGGCUCUGGGUAUCAGCCUGCUGGGAAUGACUGGCCAGUGGCCGCAGUGUGAGAAGACCAAGGCCGGGUUUGCGAGGUACCCCCGACAAUGCGCAAACCACGCGCAGCAGCUUCAGAAGCUGAACCCCAGAAACAAAAUUGUCAAGCUUUUGAUGAGAUUGCUUGCUUGGAGAGCUAGAGAGCGCAUCACAGCGGAGAAAUGCUAUGAGGCGACGGUUAGUCUUCUUGAGGAGAUGAAGGGAGGAGAGGAGAGCGUUGGCACGGAGGGACUGCGAAUCAAGUCUCCUGAGGAAUUUCGGCCUAUCUCGUUUUGGUAA